GUAUAUCUAUAGUUGCCUACACUGGGUUUGCGGAAUUGACACUGCGUUGCUUGGGCGGCUCUGUGUGCACCUCGCGAACUAGUCUGCACUUCGUCGAGCAUGUCUACCUACGCCGGGUCUAGUCUAUCGGCCAAGGAAACAUGGAAAUCUAAAAAGGCCAAGACCAACUUGGUCGACGCGACCCUCAACAUCGUGCAAGCCUGGGCCCUGCCGGUGCUGGUCGGUGGCUACCUGGUCCGCCGUUUCCUACAGAACCGCAAGAAGGCGCCCAAGGCGCCCGAUGCGGCAGGCGCCGCGAAGGCCGAGCAGGCUGACGCUGAUAAGGCUGGCGCGGAGCGCAAACCGCGCCGGGACUACAAGGUGAAGCGCGACCAGGAGGGCCCGCUGCUGGCCGGCGCCGACGACGAGGAGGUGGAGGUGCAGCCACACGACGAGGUGAUGGAGGGGUACAGCGAGAGCGAGGUGGAUACGGCGGGCGCGGCCGCGGCGGGGCCAGGCGGCAACAACACAGCCAUGCUGAAGAUGCUGCAGCAGAUGGGCUACCGCGUGGUCAUGCCCAAGGACGGCAGCGGGCAGGUGUACCUGGUGCCGCCCGGCGCCGCGGGACCGGACGGGGAGACGAUUGAGGAGGGUGACGAGGACGAGGAGGAGGAGAUGGAGGAGGUGGAGGGCGAUGAGUAAGCAGCUGGCACGGGGCGCCCUGCUCACGCGCGUGCUCCAUGAACGGACAGAGGAGUGCCUCGUUCGCAGACCAGCUUUGUGAUGGGUCUGGGUGCGGGAAGACGUGGUUGCUGGAACGUUGGUGGGGUGUGCGCCUCUGUGCGCAUAGCAUUAGCAGAGGCUUAUCCGCCUGUGAGCAAUGAGUAAAGAGACCUGACAAAGGACAUUGUUGUGUGCGUGUCGUUCUUACGUAUGACUGUUGAGUAUGUGUGUAUGUGCCUUGACUUGGACGCCGUGCAUGACUUGUCUCGGGAAGUUUGCGUUGGCUGGCGCUCUUGCGCAUGUGUGGAGAUGCUGCUGAGGAUAGGCAGGCACUCUCUGCUGCAGUAUGUUACCGUAUGCUCGGCGCAUCGUAACGCCGCAUUGGUGUGUGGAGGUAGAGGACAGGCGUACACGGUUGGCUCGUUCCGAGCGCUGGGGUGCUGCGGGACGGUGCGUUGGGCCCACGGAUUGGCGAUGUAAACACAUCGCCUGCAUCACAGAUACCAGUUACUCUCACAGUGCCCUCCACGGGUGCGACAUGCCCCCAGGGUAUUAGGGCCAUCCGUGGCUCUCGCCAAUGCGGCGUCCCUGCACGCCGAAGCAAUGUGUUGAGUACUUGAGUUCGCGCCUAAAACAGACGACCACUCAGGACGGUGUAAGAGGGCUAGCGC